AUGGCGGGUCGGCGCGGGGCGCUCAUCGUGCUGGAGGGCGUGGACCGCGCCGGCAAGAGCACGCAGAGCCGCAAGCUGGUAACAGCCCUGUGCGCCCAAGGCCACCGCGCCGAGCUCCUGCGCUUCCCGGAACGAUCAACUGAGAUUGGCAGACUCCUGAGCUCCUACUUGGAGAAAAAGAGGGAGGUGGAAGAUCAUUCCGUGCACCUGCUCUUCUCGGCGAACCGCUGGGAGCAAGUGCCACUCAUCAAGGAGAAGUUGAGCCAGGGCAUCACCCUCGUUGUGGACAGAUACGCAUUUUCUGGUGUCGCCUUCACCAGCGCCAAGGAGGACUUUUCCCUGCAUUGGUGUAAACAGCCAGACGUUGGCCUCCCCAAGCCAGACCUGGUGGUGUUUCUGCAGCUGGCACUGGCAGAGGCAACCAAGCGUGCCGAGUUCGGGCAGGAACGUUACGAGGAUGGGCCUUUCCAGGAGCGGGCGCUGCAGCAGUUCCACCAGCUCAUGGGGGACACGACCCUCAACUGGCAGGUGGUGGACGCGUCCAGGAGCAUUGAGGUUGUGCAUGAGGAGAUACGGCAGCUAUCAGAGGUCACCAUCCGGGCCGCUGCUCACAGGCCACUGGGGCAGCUGUGGGCAUAGCGGCAUCCAGCUGCCAGUUGGGGGCAGGUCUGGCUCAUGGUGGGUGGUUCUACUACUGUCUCUUUCCCAAAGACAUGAGCAAAGGAUCCAAUCCAUCUGCUGUGUGUUCAAGGGUUCCCAACUGUUCAGUCACACCCUCCCUUUACCCAAAAUAAAGGUGUUCUCCCAACUUCCCCUUUCUUUUCACCAAACCCUUGGACUUGUGAAAAGCUACCCUGAUUUGUUCCUCGGUGGACCCUCUCCCUCCUGGUUUAUAAAGGAGUCAGUGAUGCAUAAAGACUCCAUGAUUCCCUCUUGA